AUGAUUAUUAAUAGGCGUAUUCUCAAAUCUUUUGAGGAGAUAAGCCAUUCAUUAGAGGAAUCAUUACGAGAGGUUGCACUAGAUUCACAACAACGACUGAUUCAAGAUGUACGUGAAGAAAAUGAAGAGCUAGGUAGGUUACAAGAUCAAUUACAAGAGAUCAGAUCAAUUGUUGAAAAAGUCUGCAUUUCAAUCAAAACUGACAAUAUUGACUCUUAUUGUUCUGUGCCUUUUGAUUUGCUAUACAAUAUUUGCAAGAACAUUGCAGAUCCCUCAUCCUUUGAAGACGGAGAUUUACAGUAUCUUGUAAGCCAGGCCAUAUUUGAGUACAUUAUAUUAUUAUGCUAUUAUUCUGUUACCAACGAAUGCGUCCAAGGUUUACCUGCCGUGUAUGAAGCUGAACAAUACUACAAGACGAUUAGUGAUUCAAUCUUUAAGUCAUUUCUUUAUUGUAUACAAACUUCAGCAUCAACCGUACGUCUAUUAUCUCAAACUAUUUGGAAGGACAUAAAUAAGAAAAACCUCUCACAUCAAAAAUGGUCCCUGAAGGCCUUGUCGGUUGAUUUACUAGAAAAAGUACGUCCAAGAAUAAACAAGUUUAUGGUGGUUCGGAACUUCAGGUUUGUUGGGUUACCGAAGAAACCCAUUGAAAUAGCUUCCUUGGUUUCAGAUAUACCGCGCGGUAUAGUCCAUGAAAGGCUUGAUAUGAUCACUCAAUCAUCAAAGCAUUAUACUAUCAAACUGGGGCGGUUAAUUGCUGACUUCGAUCAACCACCAGAAGAAAAUGGCACAUCCUCCGAAGUGCAUUUACCGAACUCCGAAAGGCGUCUACAGUCUCUACAGGACUUCUUUGGAUUAGCUGUCUCUGAUUCGAACCUAAUAGAUGUGGUCCAAUGUUCGGCCAAGUUUCAUAAAGUUCACCCCUUAAAAAGAUUCACUAAACCGAGUAUAUUGACUAGAUACUGGCCUCCAAUUUUGUUAUGUCUUUUGUAUGGACCGUCAUCUAUUAUGACUUUAUGGGAUUCCCGAUACCUUAUUCAAGAUUUUAUUAGAACUAAUGUUGUUGACUUUGCCAAAGGGCUAGUCUUAAACUGGUUAUGGACACCUUUGAAACAGGUUUGGUCUACUGUCAAACAUGAUGAAGGAAGCGCCAUUUCAGUCACAUCACAAGAGACUUUAAAUUCUGACAUGGAUUCUCUUACCAGAAUGAUUGUUAGUUUUGUUGUGGAUAAUAGUGAUUCGACGUCUAACCGCCCCAUAGACCCUAUUCUAUUAAGUACUAAAGUUGAACAUGGUGAUUUGACCGAAUUUAUGGAAAUUUAUGAAACACAGCUACAUCAUCCGAUAAAGAAUAUAGCUACGGGUGGACUAGUUAGAUCUUUAUUGAUUCAACUCCAAAAAACAAAAGUCGAUGGCUCUAUGGCUUUGAAUGGCAUUGAUAAAAUGCUGAAGUCGCAACAAUUGGUAUUUGGAGUUGUAGCAUUAUCCCCUGCUUUAGUAAUACUAUAUUCAUCUAUUGUGGCGUUGAAAAGGUUUGUUAGGUUGGGCAACGUGUGGUCUAAUGAGAAACGAUACAGGGACCAAAUAAGUAUAAGUCUGAAUAAUGUAGAAAGAGUUUUGAAUUAUUCGAACCAGGGUGCGGACGCUGAUGAGGAACACUUAAAUCAAGGUCUACUGGUGAUUGAGGUUUCAAACUUAUACAAAUUGGGAAGUUUCUUGAUUCCACACUCGAGAAGGAAAGAAUGGUUUAGGGACGUCGAGGAACUGGUGGAUACCAACCUUGAUUCCAGAGCUCAUAUAAACGUCGUCAACAGAAUAUGCCAUGUAUACGGCAGGUUUUUAAUUCAUUAG